GAUCGCUCCCAUCAUGAUGCCACUUGCCUGGGAACUACAUCCACUGCCCAGCCAUGCCUUUGACGGCGAGUUUGAGGCAGCUCCGAGACUGGUACUCACGACGGGCAGUUGCUACCCGGCACGCAAGCCUCCUAGCGCCAUUUGUCCUGGGAAACUGGCGAGGACAUGGAUCGUUCCUUCCCAACGGCCUCGGUCAGUUCGUCCUACCUUACUUUACUGGACACUGUUGACCCCCGAAUUUGACCCCCGAAUCCAGCCAACCUGCAACACUUCGCAGACGGGAUAGAAGCCCUUUCACCGCCUAAGUCUACGUCAACUUCCCGCACGCCACCCUCUGCCCCCGGACUCCAAGGGUGCAUCACAAAGAAGUCUCACACGAUGGAAUCAAGCCGCGACUCGCGGGGCGACGAGCCUCAGUCCCACACGCAGCAAGGAGGACAGCACAUCGAGAAACCGGCACAUUCGUGCCCCGAAGGCCACAACCAGGUGAUCCAAGACCCGCUGGCGCACUUCCUGGCCAUCCCGUGGACGGCGAAGCUGCUCGCGGACCCGGCAGCGUUCGAUAUCGCCGUCGUGGACCGCCGGCUGCUGCCGACGGGCGACAAGCAGUUCAUCCGCUCCGUCCUGAACAGCCCGACGACGGUGCGCGCGUGCGUGGUCUUCUGGAUGCGGAUGCCAACGACGCCGCCGGCGCAAGGGGCGCCGCCCAUCUCGAAGAGCAGGGCGCUGCUGCAGGGCGGCGGCCCGCAGAACGGCGAGGACCCGGAGAAGCCUUUCCUGCUGUUCAACGCGCUCGUCGAUCUGGGAGAGGAUCUGUGCGGCUACCGGGGAGUCCUGCACGGCGGGCUGACGGCCGUGUUGCUGGAUGAGACGAUGUGCAGCGUGUCGGAUAGUCUGGGCUGUGAGUUCUCGGGCAAUUUCUAUAACUAGAGCUCGCCCCCAAUUACCCUGCAGGAGACGCGGGUAGCUGAUAUUUCCAUUGCAUGCAUGGUGGAACAGGUCAUUCAGUCACGGCGACCAUGACGACCAAGUUCCGGAAACCGGUCAAGGUGCCGGGCGUU